ACAGUGUUGCGCUGCCACCGGAGGAGGAGGAGGAGGAGGAGGGAGGAGAGGACUUCAAAAGAAGGAUUAAAAAACUUCUUCCACGGCCGCACUCAUGUGAUUUAUUUUCUCCUUCUUCUUCUUCUUCCCCCUCUUGUUUGAGCCAUGUCCAAGAGCCUGAAGAAGAGGAAGAACCACUGGACCAACAAAGUCCAUGAGAGUGUCCUCUGCAGGAGUGAGGAGGGGGAGCUGGGGCUGGAGCUGAAGGGCGGCGCAGAGAAUGGACAGUUCCCCGUCACCGGAGAGCUUCUCCCGGGCGGAGCGGCGUGCCAAAGCGGCAAACUCCUCCAGGAUGAACUCCUGCUGGAAGUCAACGAUACCCCGGUGGCCGGACUCACCACCAGGGACGUGCACGCUGUGGUCAAACACAGCAAAGACCCAGUCCGGCUCAAGUGUGUCAAACAAGGGGGCGUGAUAGACAAGGACCUGCGUCACUACCUCAACCUGCGCUUUCAGAAAGGCUCGGUGGACCACGAGCUGCAGCAGAUCAUCCGGGACAACCUCUACCUCCGCACCGUCCCCUGCACAACCAGGCAGCCCAAGGAGGGAGAAGUCCCGGGGGUGGAUUAUAAUUUCGUGACCAUUGACCGGUUUAUGGAAUUGGAGAAAAGUGGAGCCCUGCUAGAGAGCGGAACAUAUGAAGAUAACUUUUACGGCACCCCGAAGCCGCCGGCCGAGCCCAGCGCUCUGCUGCUAAAUGUAACGGACCAGCUGCUGCCGGGCGCCAGACCCACCUCCGAGGGCAAGAGGAAGCGUAACAAGUCGGUCAGCAACAUGGAAAAAGCCAGCAUCGAGCCACCCGAGGAGGAGGAGGAGGAGAGACCCGUCGUCAACGGCAACGGUGUCGCCGUCACCCCAGAGUCGAGCGAACAUGAGGACAAGAGCACAGACGCUUCGGGGGACACGGCCCCGCAGAGCAUCCCAGCAGAGGCCCCACCUGAGGCGCCCAAAGAAGACGGACAGUCCCCGAAAAUGACGCUGCCCAAACCAGACGAGAACGACGAGCUAGGGCCACUGCCGGACAACUGGGAGAUGGCAUACACAGAAAAAGGAGAGGUCUACUUCAUAGACCACAACACCAAGACAACAUCGUGGCUGGACCCGAGGCUAGCCAAGAAGGCAAAGCCGCCCGAGGAAUGCAAAGAGGAUGAGCUUCCGUACGGCUGGGAGAAAAUCGAUGACCCCAUUUACGGCAGCUACUAUGUUGACCAUAUAAAUAGAAGGACCCAGUUUGAGAACCCAGUCCUGGAGGCUAAAAGGAGACUCCAGCAGCAGCAGCAGAUGCAAAGCCAGGGUCUGUCCUCACUGCCCCUUCCCACCAUCUACAGAGAGAAGCCGCUGUUCACGCGGGACCCCACUCAGCUGAAAGGCAGCUUCCUGUCCACAGCACUCCAAAAGAGCAACAUGGGUUUCGGCUUCACUAUAAUCGGAGGCGACGAGCCGGACGAAUUCCUCCAGGUCAAGAGCGUUAUCCCCGACGGGCCCGCCGCAGCUGACGGAAAGAUGGCCACAGGUGACGUCAUUGUCUACAUCAACGACGUGUGCGUCCUGGGCACCACCCACGCCGAUGUGGUCAAACUCUUCCAGUCGGUGCCGAUUGGCCAAAGCGUCACCCUCGUCUUGUGCCGCGGCUACCCUUUGCCCUACGACCCGGAGGAAGCCGGCAACACCAACAACAACACCACCACCACCACCACCAUCAUCUCCCCGCUGGGCAUCAUGGAGCAGAGGCCCAUCAUGGUGAACGGGCGGACGGGCUACGACAACUACCUGGACUAUCUCUCCCGCACGGCGCGCUUCGUCACGGACCCGGGUCAGGACCAGGUGAACGCCCAGCAGCAGCUGCUCACCCCUCACCCGGGUGACACCCACUUAGACGGCUCCCUUCCUCCCACCACGGGCACCACGCCCCCCGACAGCGUCUCCAUGGCGUCGUCGGGGGCCACCCAGGGGGAACUACUGACCCUGACCAUGGUGAAGGGCGUGGAAGGGUUUGGCUUCACCAUCGCGGACAGCGCGACGGGCCAGCGAGUCAAACAGGUGCUGGAGCCUCAGGGCUGCCCGGGCCUGUGCGAGGGCGACCUGAUUGUGGAGAUUAACAAGCAACACGUGCAGGGAUUCGUACACACCCAGGUGGUGGAGCUUCUCAAGGAGUGUGCCGUGGGAGCAGAGACCAUCCUGGUGGUUCAGAGAGGCGGAACAGGUCACUAUUCACCCUGGAAGAUCCCUAAACAGGUGCUGGAGCAGUGGGAGUCCCAGCAGGGCCAGAGCAGCCCCGCUCAGACCAGCCUGUCAGCCUCAGUUAUCCCCCACAACGCCCCCUUCCCAACACUCCAUCUUCACAGGGCCUCGGUCCCAGACUCAGCCUCCGAGGCCUUGGCCCUGGCUAAACCAGACCCCUAUGACCUUUAUGAGAAGUCCAGGGCUAUCUAUGAGAGUAGGCAACCUGGCCAACCAAGGACAAUUUUCCCCGUGGACUCCUCAGGAUCCGAGUACCAGGACAUGGAGGUGCACCUGCGCAGACAGAAGUCCGGCUUCGGUUUCCGGGUGCUGGGCGGGGACGAGGCGGGGCAGCCUGUGAGUCCGGAGACGCGUGAGAAGAUAUUGAUCGGGGCGAUCAUCGAGAAGAGUCCAGCGGACCUAGACGGGCGCCUACGGCCCGGCGAUGAGCUGCUGUUCGUGGAUGGGAUCCCCGGUGGGAAGCCACACAGAUACGUCAUUGACUUGAUGCACGGGGCGGCACGCAACGGCCAGGUGAAUCUGGUCAUCAGGAGGAGGGUGCUGGCUGCAGGUGAGUCCUGUCCGGAGAACGGCCGUAGCCCGGGCUCCGUCUCAACGCAGCACAGCUCCCCACGCAGUGACUUCACAUAUGCCAACAGCACCUGCACCACCCAGGCUCCCAACGCCACCAUUUCAGACAGGACGUCAACCGCCAACACGCAACCCAGCGAUGUCAUCAUCAACCGAAAGGAGAGCGAGGGCUUCGGCUUUGUCAUCAUCAGCUCGCUCAACAGGCCCGAGGCGGCCGCCACCAACACUGUGCCCCAUAAAAUUGGCCGCAUCAUCGAGGGCAGCCCGGCCGACCGCUGCGGGAAGCUGAAGGUGGGGGACCGGAUACUGGCGGUGAACAGCCAGUCCAUCGUCAACAUGCCGCACGCCGACAUCGUUAAGCUGAUCAAGGACGCGGGCCUCAGCGUCACCCUGAGGAUCAUACCGCAGGAAGAGAUCAGUAAUCCCCCAUCAGCCCCCAGCUCAGAGAAGCAGAGCCCCAUGGCCCAGCAGCACAGCCCGAAGAUCCAGCCAGGCACCGCCGCCUCGCAGCCCAACCCAGUGGUCACAGAACCCAACCCUUCUGUCAGCCAGCCCAAUCCCAUACCUCACCAGAGCCCCGUGACCCAGCUGCCCGCUCCUCCUCCACCUCAGACCUACGCCCACGAGAGCAGUUACAGGUCAGAGGUGAAGGCGAGGCAAGAUGUUAAACCAGACAUCAGACAGCCGCCGUUCACGGAUUACCGACAGCCGCCGGUGGACUACCGGCACCCUCCUGUGGCGGACUACAGGCAGCCCCCCACGCUGGACUACAGACACCCGCCACUGAUGGACUACAGACAGCUAGCUACCGACACCAGGCCGUUCACCAUGCCAGACUACCGACUGCCACCAGUCCAACUUUCCCAGGACUUUGACUUCUUCACAGUGGAGCUGGAGAAAAGUGUGAAGGGCUUCGGUUUUAGCAUCCGCGGAGGACGGGAGUACAAGAUGGACCUGUUUGUCCUACGACUGGCCGAGGACGGGCCGGCCAUCCGCAACGGGAGGAUGAGGGUUGGGGACCAAAUCAUUGAGAUCAAUGGAGAGAGCACCCAGAACAUGACCCACGCCCGGGCCAUCGAGCUGAUCAAGUCCGGAGGCAGGCGGGUCCGUCUUCUCCUAAAGAGGGGCACGGGGCAGGUCCCAGAGUACGAUAAUGCCGCCCCAUGGGAUGCUCGCCCUUCAGCCUCCCCAAGCCUGUCGGAAGUAGCCCCUCCCAUCGACAGCCUUUCCAUGUCAUCGCCUUCAUCUCAUCUGGCCCCCGACCCGCCUCACCUGCCGCCUCUGGACGUCCCGCGAGACCCGGCGGCACGAGACGGCAGGACGGAGCGUUCCAAGAGCCCCCAGAGGGCCGAGCUGCCGAACCCAGAUCCCACCGGCCAGGGGAGGAGAGCGGCUUCGACCGGCGGGAGCGGCAGAGCCAAGAGGGAAGGUGGCAGGUCCACCCACAUGGGUCACAGGGUCCAGCCCGCUAGUGAGGGGGAAGUGGGCAAGGAGGGGCAGAGCGGGGAGCCCAAACCUUCCAGGAUGACCAGAGGGACGUCCAAGGAGAGGAAUACUGGGGACAGCAGAGAAUCCAACGCAUCUCCCAGCAGCUCCAAGCUCCCGCACACCAACGGGAACAGCGUCAUGGACGUGGAGCGUUACGGUGGCGGGCAGCAGCAGCAGCAGCAGCAGGUGGACUCAUCGGAGCUGAGCAGGACCAGGACCAGGGAGCUGGACCGGGGCCUGGGGGAGAGCCGGCCCAGCCUGCCCAGCAAGAGCACCGGCGGCGGCGCAGCGGGGAGGAAGGCCACGGUCUCUCCCGGGCCUUGGAAGAUCCCCGGAUCAGACAAGCUGCCCAGCACACUGCGAGCAGGAACGUCCACGCUGAGCAGAUAACAACCGCGGCUUCAUCAGAACACAGUGGCCACACUCAUCUGAGCUUAACCACCACAUCUGGAUGAAAACACCACAUCUGGAUGAACCCACCACAUCUUCCUGUGCUCCUCCAUCCCCUUCCCCUCCCCCAAUCUAACCCGUUCUCCCACUGACCACAGAGUCAGGACCAAAGGGGGGUGCAGGGUGAUCUGGACCACGUGUUUUUAGAGUUUUAUUUAUGAUACUGUACUCUAAAUUAUUUUGAGAAAUAUUUUACACCCACCACCUUAAGAACUGGAAUAUCAUCCACUUUUUUAAAGAAAGGAAGUGGAAGAAGAGCGAGCAGAAUGUGUGUUUAGCGUGGCGGGGAAUCAUUUAAAGGACACAAACUUUAAAGAACUAUAUUUUGAAUUCUCCUCCAAGCAGAACCUGGGGGACAAAACAUGCAAAUACAAAACUCCUGACGGGAAGCAACUGUCGGAUGCGACUGGAUAUUUUAUCUCUUCACCACGGAGUCUGUUUUUAUGAAAUGGAAUGUUAAAAAAAAAAAUGAAAGUUUGCCUGUUUUUGACGAGAGCGAAAGGAAACAAAGAGCGACAGCAGAGAUGAAAUCAACAGAACUUUGCCUUAACAGAGACUGAAUGGGCCUGAAUCCAUCUAGAAUAAUCUAUCAGAUGAUUAUAGACAUAGAUAUAUUAUAAUGAAUAUGAAUAUGUGGGAUCAUUUUUGUAAAUAAGAUCAUCUUUAAGCGAACAGAACCUAUGUUGAGCUGGAUGGAAACUUUAAUCCAAUGCUCAGAAAGGCUAAACGGUGCGACAUGGACCAGAACUUUCCACCCGACCAACGUUUCUCUCUUUUCUACGCUCCCGUUCAGCCCUGUGAUUGCCGUUUCCGAGGUCUCUGCCGGCCUCGCUGCGGUUGACUUCACGAUCUUUCUGCGCUUGAAUCAUCCCCGAGUUCAGCGAGGGUGUCAUGUCAAUCCAUUUUUCUCAUUUCUGUGCUUAACGAACAAAGCUAUCGGAGUCGGUGGUGUCCAGACGGACGCCGAGAGAAGGCGCUCGCGUGGUACCGAUCGAGGGGCAGAGUGCCUUAGACUGACAGAGAGGUUGGCUUUUAAGUCAAAAAGGUUAAACUCCAAACCACUUAAGAGGGUCGAAACAGGCUGCUAUACAACAUCGACUUUACAGAUAUAUAAAUAAUAAACUGUAUUUUUUCAGAUAAGAGUGUGAUGAAGUGAAAUAUAUGAUUUAUUUCACGAGCUUGUGUGUGGAAAUAGGUCUAUUAUCAGAGGUAUUGAUGGUUCUUAUCUGUGCAAGUGGUUCAUUUCAGCAUAGUUUUCAUUACUGAUUUCUUAAUGAGGUCUGAAGAUAUUAAAUUCCAUGAAGAAUUUCUCAUAAGAGACGGUGCUUUCAAAUGUCAGCACAGAGCACCCAAACCAAACCAAACCGCUGGGAAUCUGACAUAAAGUCGUCAAAGAAUCAAUAUCACACGUCAGAAGCUGGCUCGUCUAACAACCUGCGACCUGGAUGAACGAAUGCCCGCCAUUUGAAAAUGAAACGUUUCUAUCAUCAUUUCCAGAUGAGAGGAGAGGAGGUCACACCUGUCAGAGCGUCCGUCAGCGGCUGAGUUUGAUUUGUUUUAAGUGGUUCUGUCGACACUGUGUGAUGUGAACGGGUACAUCUUCAUACCAGAGCUCCCAGUAGGUUAGACACAGGAGCUCUGGACUCUAUUUGAAGGCUUUAACCUACAGCAUAAAUGUUAAGCUGUACAUCUUUAGACAACCUGAUAAUUGACUUUUUGAUAAGCCCUGCCCCCCUUAGUUACUGUUGCUAUGCUUGUCAAGCUUUCCAUUCUGGCACAGCACAUGUGCAGUUUACAAAGAUACAAUUCUUAGUGAGUCUUGAAACAAUGGGUCCUGGAUUUAAAACUGAAGUAAACAAAAGCAGUUUCUUAUUUCUAGAUGGCAACGGAACAUUUUUGCCGGCUGACUGACUGACUGGUUUGAUCAGAUGUAGCUUUCUGGAUAAACAGGCUCACUUUAGCCCCAGGAGUUGGCUGAAAACUGUGUCUCCAGCUGACUCAUACUAAAACAAAUUAGGGGACUUAAAUAUCCACUUGAUGCUACAUUCAUGAUCUUUUAAAAGAGGGAAAAGCUACAUGUCACAAGCAAAAAGUUAGCAUCUUCACCAGUUAAUCUUUUGCAGGAAAGAACCAAUUAAAUAUGAUUAAAAAUAAAACAAAUGUAAGAUCAGACUUAUUUUAUUGUCAUUACACAAUUUGUCUGUUUAGCCUUCAUGCUUGUUUGUAUUUUCCAAACGGUAUUUUUUUUUACUUUUAACGUUAAUAGAAAAAAGUAUUUUAGGAUGAGAACUGAUGUUGUUAGCAAAGUAACGCUCUCUGGGGAAGCUGGAAUAAUUCAACUUAUUUAAUCAAAUGCAAAAAAACUUUAACUAGCUGGUGAACUGGUAAGAAGGAACUGUUGCAGUUGUUAGCAUGUGUGUCCUGCUUACUAGUUCACUUGAGCUCCUGUGAUUUAGGUUUUGGAAAGGCUAAAAAAUAACAAGUUAAACUCUUUAAAAGCUGAUCAUUGCUCAGACUUCAGCCGUAUGCACUCUGCUUAAAUCCAAAGCUUGACAGGUCUGCAGCGCCUAGUUACAGUUGCUAAGCUGUGAUUGAACACUUGAUGUUCGGGGCAGGGUUCUUAAGCAAACUCAAUUUUGAGAUCAACAAAUCUUUUUUUUACAAAGCAUCUCUGCAGAUGUGAAAACUCUUGAGUGGCAAAUCUUUCCUCUGAAUGAGACAACAUCAACAGGAGGUAAAGAAAAAAAAGAGUCACAGUACCCGAACAAAGGUUUCCUCUAGAAUAAAAGAGCAAAAGGGAGACAAGUCAUUAUGUUUGCCAUUGUGAUCCGUAAUUACACCAUGAAUAAGCGGACUGACUUUAAAGCACAAUCUCUCUCAGACGGUUUUGGGGAAUUAUUAAUAUGGAGAAAACGAUCAGCCAGGCACAAACAGCUCAGACCUUCAGUCACUUGUGGAUGAAGUGAAAAGGGCAAUAUUAUAAAAUAAAAUACACCUUCCAUUCGUCAGACUAAAUGCUGCCUACAUACUGUAUCAUCAUCAUGCAUCAUCUGACCGGACUUCUUCUACAUUUUAUGUUUGAAGCAGAAACAAAAAAAAAACUGAUGUGCGUAUGUUUCGCUCAACCUUUGCACAACUCACUGCUUCCCACAUCUGAGCUGUCUCCAUCGAGCCAAAUUGUAAGUAGUUUGCUACGGACAGUAAGAAAAAAAAAAUACAUCUGGAGGUGUAAAAAAAAAAAUGUGCGUGUUGAAAGUAAACAGCACCAUAAACUCCCACCCAAACGGCUCAGCAUCACUGUGUAGUGUUAUAGCAGUGUAUAGACCCUGAACAAAAAUAUCUCUAUAAAUAUGACUCCGUGUACUAUUGAUGGUCACAAAGACUGCAAGUGGAGCAACUAUUUUUAUGAAAUGCAACACUAUGGAUAUAUUAACUUUUGCAAAAAUCUUGUUUACCUGUAUGAUAUUCUGAAACGCUGUCAAAAUAAAAGAAAAAUCUUGACACAAUAAGAAAGAUUUAUUUAGGACAUGCUGCCGUGUGAUUCAUUAUGUGUGUCUGUUUUAAUUAAAGCAUACAAUUCACAUAUAUGAGUAAAGCUUUACUUUAUCUCCCCUGCUGAGCACUUGUAAGAAAUAUAUAUAUAUAUAUAUAUAUACGAACUAUAAUGUAGUCGUAAACUAGACUAAAAGACGUGACACAACUGUUUACAACGACUUUGUUUUACUGCAGAGGAACUGAACUUUAUAUGUAAAGUCUGUGGAG